CGAGCAGCCACAUGGCUGCGGAGCGCGCGCCUAAGCUCGGGCGCCCCCAGCAGCUGCAGCCCCGCCGCCCCCAUGUUCUCCUUGUGCAGCGCUGCGGGCCGAGCGCUCACCAGAGCUGAUGGUCCAAGGCUUUUACUGAGGAUGACAUUAGGAACAGAAAUUACUACCCUCUCCAGGCCUCUUCAUAUGCAGCAUCAGAGUGAAACUUUUUGAAAUGGGACCUGUCACCAGAGCAAAUCAUAACAAGGACAGAAGAUCUGAUCAUGAAAACAAACCAAGUGUAUGACAAUGUUGAAAUGCUUGAUUUUGAAAAAGUAACAUAUGAGAACACUGUGCAGGCUCUGGCCGCCAUAGAAGUGGAGUAUACAGUGGAAAGAAGCAUGCUGGAUUUCCCACAGCAUGUCUCGUCCAACAAAGAUGUGCGCUCAGCAAGCACACAAGCUGACAAAAGACUUUCUUAUUUUGAUGUGGAGAUGAGCAUGAGAGAAGAUGUGUUUCAGAGGAUUGUUUAUUUGCAGGUUGUUGCCUCAACUGCACCUGGAGAAUUACUUUUCCAACAAAUAUGUGAUCUUGGACAUCUAAAGCCUGAAGCUAAGCGGUACUUAGAGAAGUCAGUUCAAAUGGGAAAGAGGAAUGGACUCCAUCUACCCAAAGAAGUACACAAUGAAAUAAAGACCAUGAAGAAAAAAUUGAGUGAGCUGUGUAUAGACUUCAACAAAAACCUCAAUGAGGAAAACACAUUUCUUAUGUUUUCUAAGGAUGAACUUCAAGCCCUUUCUGAUGACUUUAUUAAUAGUUUAGAGAAGACUGAAAAGAACAAGUAUAAAGUUACCUUAAAGUACCCCCACUAUUUUUCUGUCAUGAAAAAGUGCUGCGUUCCAGAAACAAGAAGAAAAAUGGAAACUGCCUUUAACACAAGAUGCAAGAAGGAAAAUACUAAAAUUCUUCAGCAGUUGCUUCCCUUAAGGGCAAAAGUAGCAGAGCUUCUUGGGUACAAUACACAUGCCAGCUUUGUACUGGAAGUGAACACUGCAAAGAGCACGGAUAAUGUAACAACCUUUUUAGAUGAUUUAAGUAAGAAGCUAAAACCACUGGGUGACGAGGAGAGUGAGUUUAUUCUGGAUUUGAAGAAAAAGGAGUGUGAAGAAAGAGGCUUUGACUAUGAUGGAAGAAUCAAUGCAUGGGAUUUACAUUAUUAUAUGAACAAGACAGAAGAGCUUAAAUAUUCCAUAGAUCAAGAGAAGCUGAAGGAAUACUUUCCAGUUGAAGCUGUUACACAAGGUUUAUUGAACAUUUACCAGGGGCUGCUUGGACUUGUAUUUGAGCAGGUAGAGAAUGCUCAUGUUUGGCAUGAGAGUGUUACUCUUUAUACAGUAAAAGAUGAUUCAACAAGAGAAGUUUUAGGUCAGUUCUACUUAGACCUCUAUCUCAGAGAAGGGAAGUAUGGGCAUGCAGCAUGCUUUGGUCUCCAACCUGGCUGCCUACGCUCUGAUGGCAGCAGAAUGAUGUCUGUAGGUGCUCUGGUCACCAACUUCACAGAACCAAUAUCAGAUCGUCCAUCAUUGCUGCGACACGAUGAAGUGAAGACUUACUUCCAUGAGUUUGGUCACGUAAUGCACCAGAUAUGUGCACAGACCGAUUUUGCUAGAUUUAGUGGAACUAAUGUGGAAACAGACUUUGUAGAAGUUCCUUCACAAAUGUUUGAGAACUGGGUAUGGGAAAAAGAACCUCUUCAGCAAAUGUCAAAACAUUAUAAAGAUGGGAGCCAUGUUGCAGAUGCUCUUCUUGAGAAGCUUGCUGCCUCUAGAAUGGCCAAUACAGGCUGGAAUGAAAUACAGAAACCUUAUCCUGAAACCUGGAGGAUCUUUGGAUGAGAUGGAUAUACUUCAAAAUUUCUUACAGUGUAAACCAAACCAGAAAGCUUUCCUACUGAGUAAGGGAUUGAAUAUUCAAUAAAGCAACUGAUCGUUUGGAAUGGUACAUCAGCAAGGUGGGCAUCUUGAAAUCUCAGUGCAAGGCCGGCUCCAGGCACCAGCAUCCCAAGCAGGUGCUUGGGGCGGCAAUCUGUGUGUUUUUG